AUGAACACAACUUUCCAAAUUUCAAGCCUUGGAAUGGGUUUUCGUGUUGAUAAUUCCAUUGGGCCUACUAAAUCUUUCCCUAUCCGUUGUGACAAGACUGAUAUUCUCCCAAUCCGUUGUGACAAGAUUGAUAGUACCAAAGAACCUAUCACGGUUACAUACAGAGCUUUAACGUCCUACGAACGUUCUAGCCUUCCCGUUUACAUUUCAAACAAGUCAUCGCCAUAUGAAACACGAAACUCAUCGCAAUCGUCGCUCGCUGUCAGCUUCGACGAGAAAAUCGAAAGAGUCGCGUAUGAUAUUUCGACUCUACCAGGAAAAAGAAACAGCCCGAACACAGACACAGCUAUGGGCGUCAGUCACGACCAACAGAUUCAACCGGAAGAAACCGAGGCUAUUCUAUUGGAGCGCAUGCAAGAGAUGCAGGUGGAACUGAGGCUACUGUCUCCCUAUGAUCGAGAUUGCCUUGACUUGGCCAUGCGCAAAUGCCCCGCUCUCGCCAGCGACCGAUCGUUUCAAGUUUCGUUUUUGCGGACGGAAGUGCUGGACGCCAAACGUGCCGCGAAACGGUACGCUACAUACUGGAAGCAUCGAGUGAACCUGUUUGGUCCGGUCCAUGCCUUUUUGCCAUUGGUAAUCAAAGAUGAAGCAGACGUGAUGGAGGCGACGGAACAGGCACCGAACAGCGCCUUGACAACCGAAGACAUGCACGUUUUGAAGUACGGUUUUACUCGUGUCGUGGCUGGCCAUGGACGUGUGCUGCUCAUUGACCCUUCUCGGACGGGACCAAAAAGUGACUACAAAGUCGAUAGUAUUGUGCGUUGUCUCUUCUAUACCGCCACUAAGGCCCUCCUAGCAGAUGAAGAAAUGCAACGCAAAGGCGGGAUAUUCAUUCUCGAUAUGAAAGGCAGUAUCCGAGGCUUCGAUCGAGCGUUGAUUAAACGCUUGACGGAAACAACCAACGACGGCUUCCCUUUGCGCUGCUCCGCCUGUUGCAUUUUACGUCCACCGCUACUGGUGGACACAUUUGUCAAAAUAGCCAAGGUCUUCUUGCGAUCCCGUGUCCGCAAUCGCAUUCACGUGGUCACAUCGGAGUCCAAAUUGGAAAAGCACGUCGGUGUGUACUCUAUGGAAGCGCUGUUUGAAGCAGCAGACCACAAAGCUUGGCUGAAUCAAAUGCGUACUGAGGAUUUUAAGCAAUAUAGGUAG